CUUAGGGGUAUAUUCGUCUUCUUCACACACAAUCAGAAACCCUAGGUUUUAAGUAUUUAGUCCUCUCCAUUUGCAUUUAUCAAAUUAUCGGGCGCCGUCUCUACAAAUUCCACUGAUCGAUUUCUCUCCGGCCUUUCUCUCGCGUUUGAGGAAUGGAAUCCCAAAUCAAGCAUGCUGUUGUGGUCAAAGUAAUGGGUAGAACUGGAUCUAGAGGGCAAGUGACUCAAGUGAGAGUUAAGUUUCUUGAUGAUCAAAAUCGUUACAUUAUGAGGAAUGUCAAGGGACCAGUGAGGGAAGGUGACAUUCUUACCCUGUUGGAGUCUGAGAGGGAAGCUAGAAGAUUGCGUUAGAUCAAACCCACACUUCACCAAUUUGCAGUUGCUGAAUUUUAUGUUUUAACUUCAAAAUAGAAUGGCUCUUAUCAUUUUUUCCUCUUUUAUGUGUGGUUUUAGUGACAUUUUGGUUCUAAGCCAGAAUACGAGUACUUUAAUUGAGUUUUGAAACCAUUUAUUUCAAAAUUUAGUGGCUAUUUGCCAACUGCUCAA